GGCCGCGCCGUGCCCAUGCUCCGCAGCGCGCUGCUGCCCGUGGCGCUGUGCCGCCGCCGCGGGGCGGUGCGGGGCUGGAGCUGCGCCCCCCAGGGCUGGCCGGGCGGCGGGACCCGCCCGCGGGGCCCCCGGGGGCUGACCCCGGCACAGGCCCGGCUCGCGGCCCUGCGGCUGCCGCCCUGCGACCGCCGCCUGCGGGGGGCCGGUACGUUCUACCAGCACCCCGCCGCCGAGGCCUCCCAAGCCACCCUAGCCAGCGUGUCUCCCGUCUUCGCUGUGAUGAAGCUUGACAAAGAGGGGAAUACUACCUUUUUUGAAAAAAAGAAAACAGAAUUGUACCAGGAAUUGGGUCUUCAAGCUCGAGAUCUAAGAUUUCAACACCUCAUGAGCAUUGCAACUAGGAACAACAGGAUCAUCAUGCGAAUGGAGUUCUUGAAGGCGGUCAUAACACCAGAGUUUCUUCUGAUACUAGAUUAUCGUAAUUUAAAUCUGGAACACUGGCUCUUCAACGAACUAGCAUCUCAGCUCGCAGGAGAAGGUCAACUAGUUACAUACUCCCUGCCCUUUGAAUUCCGAGCCAUAGAAGCAAUCCUGCAGUACCGGAUCAGCAAACUGCAGGGGAGACUUAACACUUUGCAGCCUCAGAUCCUUGAGACACUGGAAGCUCUAGUGGACCCCAAGCUUUUGUCUGUGGAUAGGAGUAAACUACACAUUCUCCUUCAAAAUGGCAAGAGCUUGUCAGAACUGGAAACAGAUCUUAAAGUUUUCAAAGAAACAAUUCUGGAGAUUCUAGAUGAAGAAGAAUUAAUAGAAGAGCUCUGUCUAUCUAAAUGGACUGAUCCACAAGUAUUUGAGGAGAGCACGUCUGGGAUUGACCAUGCAGAAGAAAUGGAACUGCUGUUGGAGAACUAUUACCGACAAGCAGAAGAUCUUGCAAAUGAAGCUCGUGAACUCAGGGUAUUGAUUGAUGACUCAGAAAGCAUAAUCUUUAUCAACCUGGACAGCCACCGUAAUGUGAUGAUGAGACUCAACUUGCAGCUGACUAUGGGGACUUUCUCUCUCUCUCUCUUUGGACUCAUAGGAGUUGCAUUUGGUAUGAACUUGGAGUCAUCUCUUGAAGAGGACCCCAGAAUAUUUUGGCUGGUGACUGGGAUUAUGUUUCUGGGAAGUGGCCUGAUAUGGCGGCGCUUGCUUUCCUUCCUUGGGCGGCACUUAGAACCUUCACUACCUCCUCAUGUUCCUGCAGUUUUGAGAAAAUCCCAGCCAGCAGCUCAAAGAGUGGAGAUAAAAAAUGACCUUAAAGCAGAAACAUUUGGGCUGAGCAGAAGCACGCUGACAAACCAAUAGGAACAGCAGGAAGAAAGAGACUUUUACUGUUACGGGGCAGACUUUGGACACUUAUAUUUGUUUUUCCUUACUGAAAAGCUUAAGAAUUUCUAAACUUGCUAAUUUAAUAUAUAUUUUGUGCCAAAAA